UCCUCCUUUUCUUUGCACUCAGACAUACAGAUCCGUCCUUGCAAUUACACAGCGUCUUUUGAGUCGAUCAUCAUCGGAUACAAAUCGUAAUCCAUCAACACUAGAGACAUGGCAUCAAGAGGGAUCAUCACGGGCCUGGUCCUCGUGCUCGCCGCCACGCUGUGGACUCAGUCCACGGCCCAGUCUGGGUGCACCACUGCCCUCACGAGCCUCGCGCCGUGCCUCAACUUCAUCCUCGGGAACUCGUCCACCCCAUCAUCCUCGUGCUGCUCCCAGCUCGCCAGCGUCGUCAAGGCGACCCCCCAGUGCCUCUGCUCGGUCAUGAAUGGCCCCAGCCCGGUGUUCGGCAUCACCAUCAACCAGACCCAGGCCCUGGCGCUCCCUAACGCUUGCAAUGUGCAGACCCCACCCGUCAGCCAGUGCAAUGCUGCCGCUAAUGCACCGACACCGGCCAGCGUGGGUGCGCCGGAGGUGCCACCUGUGGCUUCGCCGUCAGAUUCUCCAGCAGAGCCUUCCAAUGAGACACCAACUGCCGCAGCACCAACUGCUGCAGCACCAGCUGCCUCAACUCCUCCUUCAGGGACUCCAGGAACAGGGGGGUCUAAAGCUGUGCCAUCAACAAAUGGGAACACAUCUGAUGGAAGCAUUGUGAAAGCUCAACUUCGUCUCGCAGCGUUGGUCGUCCUCGUGGCUUCAAUCUUCAACAGAUUCUGAAUCAUAUAGUCGAAGAUUUGGAUUGUGCCGUGUUCAUUUGUUUGAUUAUUCUUUACGGCAUCGCUCGCCUUGCGUGUGUAUCGAGAAUUUUUCUGGUUGCCGCCAUCUAUGGCGGUGCAAUGUACUGUACUCUGUGCCAGUAGCAGUUCUGGAUGGUGCAUUUGAUUGUGUCGUUUGUCCUAGUGAAAAUUCUUUUCUGCUAGUUCAAUCAAUGGAAGUCUUUGGCGAUUUUCAAUUU